AUGCGCAUAAAUUCAGUUAAACUUUUGAAAUCAAAACAAUGCGGAAUUCUUCCAUUCCUGAAUCGGACCAAAGAAUGUGAUCAAAUCAAUAAUGACCGUAUUGAGGUGGAAUCACCGGUACGUGAUAAUAUGAAGGAUGUAUGUCUAAAACCGAAUGACAAUAAACCCGAGGAUAGUAAUGAGGAAAACGAAAGGGUUAGUCAACCUAUGGCAGCUAAUAUACAAGCUAGUCACGAGGUAAAUACUAAUUUGAACGCCUCGUUGCAGUCGGAAAAACGCUCUGAGGGAGAGAUCUCUAAAGUUUAUAGUAGUGACCAGUUUAUUCAUAACCCAAGUGGCCCUAAUCCAUCUGAAGGUCAGAAUGUCAAAUCGCAUAGGAAAAGUAUUUUACCCAACUCGCGAUCUUUACGGCAAAAUUCAUCCUGGAUUAACUCCUUACCCUUGAUUGAUACGUCUUGUACGUGUACUUCCAGCCGCACACACACUCGUAGUCGCUCCAAUAGAACUUAUUCUAGUAAAACUACUAGCUGCAAGAAACCUAAUCAGUAUCAAGCUACACGACAACAACCAUCACAAAACCGUACUCGGGGUUUUCAACUACAUUUCCCCAAGCACAAUCGUCUCAAACAUUCAGUAAAUCAGAAUUUUCGUCGUUCCCGAAUGAAAGAAUGGUCAGUCUAUCUCGAGUUUGUGCGUCAAGUAACGAAGAACAAAUAA